AUGCCAACAGAGCGCUCGCCGACAAGGGCUUCAACAGGCUCCACGGCUGAGAAAAUGAAUCCAACGGCAGAACAGCCAACGGGUGCACACGUAAACAAAGUCGCCGUCCGCGCACCACCCUUCUGGGAGAACGAGCCCGAGUUAUGGUACGCACGUGAGGUCAAGGACGUAAUCACCGACCCACCUGCGACGGACAAAUACCUCGCGAUUAAGACUGCCUUAAUCCGUCGACUGUCAGCUUCACAAGAGCACAGGAUUCGCCAACUUCUAGAACACGAAGAGAUGGGAGACCGCAAGCCUUCGCAAUUCCUGCGGAACCUACGCACGCUCGCUGGAAAUGCCGUACCCGAACAACUACUACGCACGUUGUGGCUCGGGCGGUUACCAACCACGAUGCAAGCCAUUCUGGCGACCAGAACGCAAGACCGACUGGAGGACGUCGCAGAACAGGCGGACCGUAUUCAAGAGGUCACCGUUCGUUUAGUGAACGAAGUGAAAACGGCGCCGGACGACCCAUCACCGAUGGCCCACCAAAUACGGCAGCUCACCGACCAGAAGCAAGUCAAGGGAGAGGAAGAAAACGGAUCACCUUUGCUUUUACCAUCGGAAGUUCGGGCAACAAGCUCGAAAGUGCACCCAGCCGUGCAACUUCCAGUUGGGAAACGAGCGGGGGAGUCACUGAUGGCGGCCAGUGACACGACCCAGACUCUUCGUCGCCUUUUCGUCACCUGUCAGGAAUCCAAAAGACGGUUCCUCGUGGACACCGGAUCUGACGUCAGCGUAUAUCCACGCGCCACGGUCCAAGGUCCGAAGCAGCCCACAGCAUACAUUUUAUAUGCAGCUAAUGGGUCGGCGAUACCGACGUAUGGAUGGAUCACCAUAGAACCGAAACUUGGGAACCAUAGACCACGCCACGACGGCGUCAGUCAAGGUUCUCAAAGAAGAGAAUUCGUACCACCGCAUCUUAGCGGAAUAUCCAGGGAUUACCCGCCUACGCACGGAACUAACAAGAGCAGAACACAACACCUGGCACUACAUCAAGACAACGUCAGGACCACCGGAAGCAUGCCGUCCCCGAAGACUGGCUCCUGA